CGCACCUUAUCCACCAACUGGUUAUGCUGGUUAAGGUCUUGAAAACGAUCACCGGCAUUGAGUAUCGUGUUUCCCACCCGCCAUGGCUUCCACCGCUCUGCCUCCGGCAACCCCUUCACAGCUGUGCUCUGGAAAGAAUGGGAUUCUGUGUUCCUCACAAGGCCUUCUUAUGAAGCCUGCAAGGACCCAGACUUUGGGGAAGGGCAAGGGAAAGAGAAUAGUUUGCCAGGCCACCAGCGUUCCAGCGGAUGAUCGAGUACCAGAUAUGGAGAAAAGAAAGCUCAUGAAUCUGCUUCUUCUGGGUGCUAUUUCACUCCCUACUGCUGGGAUGCUCGUCCCUUAUGCCUCUUUCUUUGCCCCGCCUGGGUCAGGAUCGUCUACUGGUGGCACAAUUGCCAAGGACGCCAUAGGAAAUGAUGUUAUAGCUGAUGAGUGGCUUAAGACACAUGGCCCUGGGGACCGUACCCUUACCCAAGGAUUGAAGGGAGAUCCAACAUACCUUGUGGUGGAGAAAGACAGAACACUUGCAACAUAUGGGAUUAAUGCGGUGUGCACACACCUCGGGUGUGUUGUGCCUUGGAAUCAAGCUGAGAACAAGUUCAUCUGCCCCUGCCAUGGAUCCCAGUACAAUGACCAGGGAAGAGUUGUGAGAGGACCUGCUCCCCUGUCUCUGGCGUUGGCGCAUUGUGACAUAGAUGAUGGGAAGGUAGUAUUUGUGCCUUGGGUUGAAACAGAUUUCAGAACAGGAGAUGAUCCGUGGUGGGCUUAAGUUUCAUGAAGCCGUCCCUUCUCUAUCAUAUGCAUGAUCUACAACUCAAUACUGCGUCUUGUAUUAGGUCGAUGAGGGCAUUUUAUCCUCAUUGUAGUUUAUAUAUUGUAUAUUGAAACUCAUGAGAUGAAAAGGAACCUGCCGAACCAUUUUUUUUCCCCUGUAGUU